AUGGUGGACCAAGUCUACCGAAGCAGACGAUUGAAAUGAAAUGGUAAUAAGUCUCUACUCGGAACACACUAUAAGAUUCUUAACGAGACAGACACAAGAGCUGAACAUGGCUAAGCAGACUGUUGGAUGUUAUUCUACAGCAGGCAGAGGAACGGAACAUUUCGCUGCAAAAGAAUUGAAGGAUUUGGACUGUAUCGAAGAGAUAAGAGUCACUGAUGGGAAAGUCUACUUCAACAUAUGCUCGCAGAAUUUAGCCUGUCUGAAGUCAUUACGAUGUGUGGAGAGGAUAUUUCUUCAAAUUACACAGAUGAAAACUAAGGAAAUAUGCAAUGGAUUCCGACUUGAAAUGGAAAAGCUCAAUCACUGUUUGAUGAGAAGACAUUUGUGGGCACAGUGUGCAGUCAACUAUCAACAAUGGAAGAAAGAGACUGCGGCACAUUUUGAGGAAUCUCUUGUUAAGCGUAGAAGGCUUGACAGUCAUGAAAAUCAGUGUGACUCCGUCAAAAAUGUGUCAUUUCGAGUAUCUUGUAAAUGUUCAGGAAGGAUAUCCAGAAAAUGUAACCCACAGGAUUUAUCCCACAGAAUUGGAAGGAAAUUAUCUAGUCUAAUGGGCUGGCAAAUUGAUUUGCGGCAUCCAGAUAUGGAGGUUUCAGUUCACCUCAAUGAUGACAACUUUACUGUAGGCAUCCCAAUGGUCAGGGAGCCCUUGUCCAGACGGCCAUACAUCAGACAUCAUGGGUUACGGUCUACAGUCGCCUGGAUCAUGUGUAGUCUGGCUGAUAUACAGCCAGGCAGUUUAAUUCUAGAUCCAUUAUGUGGAAAAGCAACAAUAUUGAUUGAAGGGUCACGGAAUUGGAAGGAUGCCAUUUUUGUUGGUGUGGAUAAAUCUGACAUCCAGCUGAAGAUGGCCUCUGAGAAUAUUGCAGUUUCAAGAACGGCUUCAGUGAGCCUGAUCAAAGCUGAUUUGAACAGCUUGCCCAUAAGAUGUAACAGUGUCGAUGCUGUUGUCUGUGAUUUACCAUUUGGACGUAAACACUUUGUUGUGGGGGACCUGGAGCAUUUCUAUCAAACAACACUGAGACAAAUAGACAGGGUUGUUAAGCCAAGUGCACAGAUUGUAUUGCUGACAAGUUGUGAGAUGGAGAAAGUCCUGAUACAUCAGAUUGAUCAUGGUGAUGUCCCCGCCAGGGGAGAUAACUGCUUACCAGCCACAGAUCAUAACAGUGUGCCUGGUAAUUUGGAUCCUCCAGUGACUCUUCAAACACCUAGUAGUCCAGCUGACAUCAUGCAGCAUGGUGAAAACCAGAAAACUGUUGUGGAUAGACAUAGUACAGAUGGUAGUGAAAGAAGUGGAUCUAGACAAGAAAAAUGUUUUUCUGAGGACAAUAAAUCAAAGAUAUUAGAGAACGAGAACAGUUCAAGUGGUUUAAAGACCUUAAAUGUUGACAGUGAUAUAGACAAGACUGGUGAUUCUAUUGAGGACUGCUCGGUAAGUGGAAAAAAGCAGCUGUUUGAGGAGAAAGGUCACUUCACAGUAUUCACCAGUAAUGGCAGAGACAUGUGUGCCUCUCUGCGAGAUUCACUUCAACUCCAGUGGACUGUGGGAGAUAGCUUCUAUAUUAAAUUAGGUGAAACCCAUUCUAAAAUUUGUACAUUUCAGAAGAAACUUCCGUGAAAUUAUAAAUUGUUCUUUUCGUUGUUGUUGUUGCUUUGUUUGAAAUGAUUGGAUCCUUGUAUUGUGAAACUGCACUAUGGCUUCUGUGUUGGAUUGUGAUGCUAAUAUUAAACCACACUUCUGUGGUGGAGUGGCCAUUAUGACAUGA